AUGACAACUUUUCGUUAUAGGGCAGUACAAAUAACCAAUGGUAAAUUUAUUCCUAAAUACUCUUAUCUGCAGGAUUUGCAAGAGAUGAGAUGGGACCUUAUCGCCAAAACUAAUAUCCAAAAUGACUGGGAAGAACUAGCUCAGGAACGCAAGAUAUGGGGAGGUGUGGUUGCAAAUAACACGGCAGAAAAUAGGCCACGUCAGAAUCCAAGAGUUUUUGGAAUGCCUAGACUGUGA